GAAAGAGACUGUUGUGGACCAAAACCUAAACCCAAAAAAUUAUUUGGUUGGGAACUGAUCCGACUGGAUUGGUCCGAUACUCUCCCAGUUCCAAAUUCACAGGAGCUGUGUAGAUUGCAAUUCAGAGCAACAAGAGCAGCAAGCAAAAGUUUCUAGCUCCAAACGAAUCUUGAAAAUGGCAGAAGCUGCAAAAAACCCAGGUCAGAAAUUUUAUCGUCUCACGUUGUAUAUAUUUGUUUGUGAAUUUUCAUGUUCUUAUUGCCAUCAAGUUGCCGACUUUACCAAAAGUUUAAUGGACUUUUGUCUUUUUUUUUUCUUUUCGAAUUGCGAUGUCAGUGGGUCAGCAACAGAAAAUCAUCGUACCCAACAAACACGGAGAAAAGCUUGUGGGAUUGUUACACGAAACCAGUUCCGCGGACCUUGUAAUCUUAUGUCACGGUUUUCGAGCCACCAAGGUUCAAUCCCCACCGGUUCCCUCCUCCCUAACAACUAACUGUCUAACCCACUAACGGUGUCACCAUACUCAAAAAAAGGAACAGUACAGCAUAGGUCAUCGUUCGUGGAAAAUUGUAAUGCUUGGUUGGCAACUUGGGAUCAUUGUGAGCAAAAAUUUCACGGUUUCUGUCUCUUGAUUUCCAGGAAAACUCUAUCAUGGUGAACCUUGCUGUUGCACUGGAAAAUGAAGGGAUCAGUUCCUUCCGUUUUGACUUUGCCGGAAAUGGGGAAAGUGAAGGCACCAUUCAGCAUGCUAGCUUUCGGAGAGAGGCUGAUGACUUGCACUCUGUUGUCGAAUACUUCUCUGGGGUAAAACGUGCACCCAGUGCAAUUAUUGGACACAGUAGAGGAGGCGAUGCUGUGCUUCUGUAUGCUUCUAUAUAUCAUGACAUAUGUACGGUUGUCAACGUUUCUGGACGUUAUGAUCUGAAGAGAGGCAUUGAAGAACACUAUGGAAAAGACUUUAUGGAAGUAAUCAAGAAGGAAGGGUUCAUUGAUGUUAAGAAUAAGUCAGGAGAUGGUAAUUAUCGUGUGACUAAGGAGAGUUUGAUGGAUCGCCUAAGUACUGAUAUGCACGAAUCAUGCCUUAAGAUUGACAAAGAAUGCCGGGUGGUGACAAUCCAUGGAACCACCGACGAAAUCAACCCUGUUGAAGAUGCACUAGAGUUUGCCAAGAUAAUACCUAACCACAAAUUACAUCUAAUAGAAGGCGCUAAUCAUUUGUACACCUCGCAUCAAGCCAAGUUAGCAUCGGUCGUCGUGGACUUCAUCAAGGCAGCUCUGCAGCAGGACAAGGCUACUUCAAACUAGAUACUGUGCCAAUCAGCGUAUAAAUUUCUCUUCAGAGAUGACUCUCCCAGUUGUCACAAAUUGCAUUUCAACUCCACCUCAUUGCAAAUUUUAUUUAGGGAAGUUUAACGAAAAACUUCCGGUACUAUUCAUUUUAACGAAAAACCAUAUUUUUAUAUUAAAAAAUCAAUUCUGGUACUAUUUACUUUA